UACUACUACUGCCAGCAUAGAUCUGUCACCAUGCUCCCUUAACGCAUCACCCUUCCUCAUGCAGCAGUCGCCGCCGCUAUCACUUCCAACACCAUUUUCAACGCCACAUAGGACGAUGAAUGAGGCUCACUAUCGGCUGUUGAAAGUAGUGCAAUCCAUUUGCAAAUCGGUCGAUCAUUUUCAAGAUGAUUUGGACUAUUUGAUGUCUGAAUGGAACACAAUACGUAUCAUAUACGAAUCCAUGCGAAAUGCGUACGAGACAGCCUUGAUGGUGGCUGAUACGCAAACAGACUGGAUAGAGGUAGACAAAGAACUGACCGUUUCUUAUGAUGACUUGAUGGCUCAGGUGAGACAUUUGGAUAGAAGACUCCAAAAGUUGACAAUGGAAAUCAAACAAACUCUAUCUUCUAAUCUGAUAAAAGAUUGAUCGACUUUCCAAUAUAAACUUUAUAUGCGCGCACAGACACUUUUUAUUUGUUUUUGUUCAAUAUGACGAAACUCUACAACAAAUAUAUAUGUUUGCUAUACCCUUACCAGCAACCACUCUAAGCAUACUGUAUGUACUUUUUUUCCCUUUCCAUAUUUGUAUUUCAGCCUACUUACUUGAUAUCAUUGAUUAUCUUAUAUUAUUGCCUCUCUCUAUCUCCC